GAGCACGUGAAAGCGCGCGCUCGGCUGUUCCUAAAUUGCCGUCCAAGUGGACGACGCGAUGUUGAGCGGACGUUUAGCGCUCGUGACCGGCGGGGGCAGCGGGAUAGGCCGCGCCGUUUGCCUCGGUCUGGCCCAGGAAGGUUCUCGAGUUGUCAUCGCCGACGUCAACAAGGAUGCCGCCCGGGACACCCUCCGGAUGAUGCCCAACGAGGCGGACCACCAAGCCCUGCAGGUGGACGUGGGCGAGGGCCAUUCGGUUCGUGACCUGUUCUCGGCCAUCCGGCGGCUGUACAGCUGCGCGCCCACCGUGGUGGUCAACUCGGCCGGAUGCCUCACGCACAGCUUUCUCCUCAACACCGACGAGCGGGCCUUCGACGAGAUGGUGCGCGUCAACCUCAAGGGCACAUUCCUUAUCACCCAAGAGGCAGCGCGGGAAAUGAUGGCGGACGACAACACGUCGAAAAAGCAGGACCGGUCGAUCGUGAACAUCUCAACGAUUCUGGGCAGCACGGGGUUCCCCAAGAUGUCUUGCUAUGUGGCCGCCAAAUCUGGUGUCAUCGGCUUCACCAAGUCAGCCGCCCUGGAGCUCGCCCCUUACGCGAUCCGGUGCAACACGGUCCUUCCGGGCGUGACGGACACGCCGCUGCUGUCUCCGCUGGACGAAGAGACGGUGCAGAAGCUCAUCCGUCGCUCGGCAAUGCGACGCGAAGGAAAACCCGAAGACAUCGCGAGCGUUUGCGUCUUCCUCGCGUCGCCGAAGAGCUCGUACGUUACGGGCGCCGCCAUCGAAGUCACCGGAGGUCUUUCCGCAUGACAGUCCUGUUGUACUGUCAGCUGAACUCAUGGACGUAUACCGCAGGCUACAUCAACGUUUAUAUGUUCUAUAGAAACGUUGGGCUGCAUGGUGGAUUCAAUUACGCAAGGUUAUUUUAUGUAUACGGAAAGGCUGCUAAUAGAAACGAGGAUUAGUUCUAUUUAUCUUGCCGUUAGAGAGUGAAGUUGGGACAGAUGGGAAAAAUGUAUACUAUAACGUGGCACAGGGGAGAGCGAGAGCAUGGCUGCUUGAACUUCAGUUUUCGUUGUAAACUCACCGACAAAACUGAUGGCAGAAUAUAGCUGAUUCUAUGUUCUUCA